AAAAAAGCAAAAAAAAAAAAAAAAAAAUUUAAGCACCCCACUUUUAAUAAAGUGGGAUAAACAUGCUCUUAAAUUAUAUACUCAAAAGCCCUAAAGUACACACAGAUAAAGCUUCUUCUAAUGGCGUCAAUUUUGCUUCUGCUCACACAGAUCCUCCAUCCUAUGAACCCCGAGUUCCCUUUUUCUUCCUCCUCCUCCAUGCUUCUCACAACAUCAUCGUCAUCGUCAUCUUCUCCCACUUACACGCCACAUGAAGCUCUAAGACCAACAUCACUCGACACGAUCAAGAUCUCACUACUUCACGAAGAUCCUCAAGAUUCAAGAGUUAUGAUCGAUUUGUUCUAGUUUCAACCAUCUUAUCUCUUUCAUGCUUUUGUGUUGUAUUUUUGCUGCUAUAUCAAUUUGUUGUAA